AACUUGGUCUUUGCUUGGAAAACGAUGGCGGAAUUACAACAAUUGAAUGAAUUUAUCGUGAAAAACAAUACUAAACGGACGAUAAAGUGCACUGCAGACGGUAUAAGCUUGGAAAGAUUUGUAAAUAUUUGUGAUCUGCCCGGUGCACCGGAAGUAGUUCAACAAUCCCUGCAGUCGCCGGUGUCCGAGCUUCGUAGCGUUGCCUCGAUUGAUAACAAGACCAUCGAAUCCGUAAUCAAAUCUAUUGUUUCAGUAUUGGUAACAAAUGCAGGACUUUUUGUCACGCUGGAACAGUAUAGCUGGUUGGCAAGGAUAACUGUUGCAACGGACCUCCUGAAUAUACCCCAGCGAUAUGAUUCCAGCUUGGUCAGUCGUUUGAGUUCGACUUUGGAAGCCCUUGAAUUGGGAUCAUAUAACUUUUCCCCAUUAGUAAUAAACACCAUAGCAAAACAUUUGAUCGAAGACGUGCCGCUGCAAGAUGUUAAUCUACUGUACGUCAUAAAGAAGCUAGCAAUUACCAACUCAAAGAUACUGUACUACGUAGCCGUUUCACUCGUGUUCGUUGGAAUUGAAGCGAUAACGGGGUCUACUAAAUCACAGUACCGCCUACACACUGUCGAUGAGUUUCUGAAGUACCUGGAAGUGCUUAACAUGGAGCAUCUGCACAGCGAACGGCACAACUUGCAGAUCAUCUAUCAGUUGCUAAAGCUGUUGAGCUUGUACGAAAACAUGGUGCUUGUGCGACACUUCGGGAAGCAGCAGGCGGACCUGGAAAGUGAACAUAACUGUUACGCCAACUUUUUCCGGGUUAGCGAGCAACAACGGAUGACUUUUCAGCUUUGGCUAGAAAAGUCGAGCUCAUUGGUCCGGCUUUCCGGGAACGAUCGAGAUGUAGAUUAUCUGAUACUGGCUGAUUUGAUCGAAGUUGACAUGCUACCAUUAUUAGACGACGUUAAUCCAUGCGAUGACUUGAUAUGACAUCGAAAAUUACGGCUGAAAUAUAAAAAACUGAUAAUGUUUUGUUAAAAGUGAUUACAUAAUAAAAAGAUAUGUUUAUCUCAUAGGUCUUAAAACCAAUUA